AGAGGCGGGGGCGCAGUUGGUGGAGGCGGGGCGACGGGUGUGUUUGUCGUGAUUUGGCCACCCCUUUUUCAGGGCUGUGGGGCGGUCCGGCGGCGGGAGUCCAGGAUAAGGUUUUAGGUUGUGGCGCGCUGAGCUCAGUAGGAGGAGAGCGGAGGCAGGAGAAGAAAAAGAACUCGGUGUCAUCAUGUCUCAUCACUGCAACAUCCGUACUGAGGAGCCAAGACCUCAACCACCAUCUCGCUGGUCUCAGGGACGCAAACGCCGAUCUGAUGGUAACCUUAGAAGACAUGAUGAAGACUCCACUGUAUUUGAUGAAAAACCUCCCCAAGACAAGCGUCCUGACAGGCUGACUUCUCGACGUUCCUUUCCUACCAGCUUCACCACCCCAGAAAGCCAUAGACCUGUGUCGAGAUGUAAGGACUGGGGGUCAGCGGUGGAGGAAGAAGAAGUCUUGAAAGAAUCUGUAGAAAAAGAUUUGGCCAGGUACAGGAGAAAGCUUCUUAUUAACGACGUUGGGCCAAGGGAAAGAAGAUUCUCUUCUGGAAGCUCUGAUUCCAAAGAUUCCUCCACUCAUGGUGAAAUGGAAACAGACUCGUCUGUUCUUGCCAGAAGACAGAAGCAGAUAAACUAUGGAAAAAACACAAUCGCCUAUGACAGAUACACAACAGAUAUUCCAAGACACAUGAGGCAGCCAGGUGUUCAUCCUCGCACACCUAACAAAUUCAAGAAGUACAGCCGCAGGUCAUGGGACCAACAAAUCAAGAUUUGGCGAAUUUCUCUACAUGCAUGGGACGCUCCUACUGAAGAAGGCGAUGAACUGCAGCCCUUUAAUGAGGACAUCGUCUCCACAGAAGAUACACCUGAAGACCUUUUGUUUGAAGGCACCCCAACCAAGAUCAGGAAAGUUGAAGCAGAAAACGGCUUGGACCUGGAAAUCAUGUGCGAUUGAGUUAUUUCUCCGCUUUCCUCCCAGCGGGUUUCAUGCACUGUAUAUAUGGGAUCUUUUUAUCUGCUCUGUGAAGGCAGAAGGUUUCCCCGCUGUUUAUUCUGCAAACUCAUGGACUUGUUGGCCACAUAAUAUAUACGCAAUACUGGUGCUGGCAGCUACAUAUUAUAGAAGCACUUGAUGCGCGAACAGCAGAGCUGUGCCUGGCCAAUUAUUUACUGGAAACAUUGUACUAUUGUGCUGGAUUCACUGGUCUAAGGUGGCACAGUUCCUGGAGCUCAUGAAAAUGGCAUUUAAGUUUUUGGUUUUACUUGGACUUUUAUUCUGUUUAAUAAUUUUUUGAGUUAUGGUUAUAAAUGCUAUUUAGUGUUGUGUGGCCAGAUUUCAGCUUCCGUUGGCCUUGAAAUUUAUGUAAAUCUAAAACCUGUAUUUCAGAAUGUUUGUAAUGUUUCACUGUAUACAAUUAAAGCUGAACUCAUUCACCAGCUGA